AUGAGCACCAAUUUGGACACUUGGCAAAUUUUUGUAGAUGGAGCAUCGAACUCGUCGGGCUCGGGUGUAGGGGUCAUCAUCAUCAAUCCUGACAAACAUACGGAGAUUCAAUGCGCUCUUAGGUUCGAGUUUGAAGUAACCAAUAACGAGGCCGAGUAUGAGACCGUCGUUAUUGCUCUGGAGCUAGCCCUUAGCCUUGAGCUCGAGUUCGUGAAGGUAUUCAGCGAUUCACAACUGGUGGUCGGACAGAUUGAAGGAUCAUUCGAAAGGAAAGACGAGAAAAUGAGUUUGUACUACAUGAAGGUUCAGGAUCUUCAACGAAAAUUCAAGAGUUGUGAAAUUGCAAAAAUUGCUCGAAAAGACAACGAAAAAGCCGAUGCAUUAUCUAGGCUUGUGUUCAUGGGGAUAGAGAGCCUGGAUAGAACAGUUCACAUGAAAGUCAUCACAGAACCCAGCAUCAAUCAAAUCCCCAACGUCAUGGGCAUUGACAACGAACCAUCCUGGAUGGACCUAAUCAUAGAAUUCAUCACAAAUGGAAAUCUACCAAGCGAUGCCAGGUGCCUUAGACUAUCAAAACCAUCCCAGGCCCUUUUCGAAGUUCAUGAAGGUGUGUGCAGGAAUCAUCAAGGAGCCAGGGCCCUGGCCUUUAAACUCAUACGAUAUGGGUACUAUUGGCCAACUAUGAAGAAAGACGUCUCAGAAUAUGUUAAGAGAUGUGAUAGGUGCCAGAGGUUUGCAGUAGAGUAUUUUACAAGAUGGGUAGAGGCCGAACCUCUCGCAACGAUAUCGGAGCCCAAGCUAAGAACCUUCACUUGGAGGUCUAUCAUUUGCAGGUUUGGGAUACCGAAAGUCCUCAUCACCGACAAUGGCAGGCAAUUUGACAAUCAACAGUUUAGGGGCUUUUGCUCAAACCUUGGGAUUGAUCACCGUCUGGCCUCAGUUUCGCAUCCUCAGAGAAAUGGUCUGGUCGAGGUAACAAAUCGAAUCAUAUUACAAGACCUCCGAACAAGAAUUAGUAAUGCUAGGGAUUCUUGGUCCGAUGAGCUGCCUUCUAUACUAUGGACGUAUAGAACAACUCAUAGGACAACCACAGGAGAAACCCCUUUUAUGUUAGCCUAUGGCAUUGAAGCAAUGGUCCCGGUGGAAAUUAGACUGCCAAGCCAUAGGAGGCUCGAGCCAGAAACCUCGAGGCAUACAACUGAACACCUUGAUCUCUUGGAAGAAGUACAGGAGCAAACCGAUAUAAAGGUGACCUCUUACCAAACUAGACAGCCAAACAUUUUAAUAACAAAGUCAAGACUCGAGGUUCAGAGCUGGCGACUUAGUCUUGAGGAGGGCCGAAGCAGUAGGUCACUCCCCAGGGAAGGUCGGGCCCAUUUGGGAAGGACCCUUUGA